UAUAUAAAGAAAUGUUUUAAAAAAAAAUGAAUCUCAUGGGAGCAGCAAAUGAUAAUGAAUUUGAAUAUUAAAAAAAGUACACAGUAGAAGAAAGAUAACUCCGAUAUUAAAAUGUUAUGAAUGCUGUUGGUUAAUAAAAAGCUUUGGUCGUUGUUGAAAAGCAUAAAAAAGCAUCGUUUCAAGCUAAUAGUUAAACUUAGUAACCUUGGAAAAUGUAAUAGAAUAAAUUCAAUAAUUUAGAUUUGCAAUUGACAAAACUAAGAAUUUAGUCGAAUUUUUACAUUGCAUUAAGUAAAAUGCUGGCAUAAAUAAAACAACUAGCAUCUUUUUAUAUUGUAAUAAUUCGCUUUUAAUGAUGAGAGGUAUAUGUUUUAGAUUAAAAUAGAGGAUUAAACUGUAGGUUCAAUUGUUGAUUAAUAGAAAAAUAUAUAGGAUAAUAUUUUAUAUAUAAAAUAUGCAGAUUUUGAAACUUUUGGAUUUUGA